AGCACCUGGGCGUCCUCAACCCAUGUAGCGAGGUCAAGGUCCUGGGAGCCGAAAUCUCCCUCGAUGUUCAAUCUGUUUAAAUCUUUCCCAGCCUCUAUUUCUCAUCUGCAAAAUGACGAUAAUAGCAUUUACAAUUCUCCGUUUUCAAAAUGCAGGGAUUUAUUAAAGGAUACGUAGGCUGGGGAAACAAGGGAGACGAAAGAUUUAAAUCUAAAAGGUAGAUCAGAAAAAGGAAGGCAAGGGUGUCUAGAAACACAAAACAGUCAACACAGAUUUUAAGACUCAUUUACACUCUUUUCUUCCCGGGUUUGGGAGUUGCGGCUGCUACACAGGUCACAUUUGAAAUAAAAGUCCUGGGACGGCGGCUGGCGCGACACUGUCUCCCCCGCACAGCGCAGGAUCUGACUGAGAAAUCUGCCUGGACCUCAAUUGCCAAAGCGACUCCGCGCGGCAGGGCGAGGCGGCCAUCCGUCUGUGCCCGCCCCCUCACGCCGUGACGCGCUCUCACGCUUCCCCGCCUCCGGGCGCUCCGCGGCGCCGGCCAUUGGCUGGCCCUGCGGGUCUCACUAUCCUCACUCCAUCCGCGGAGCCAAUGGCUGGGACCGCCAGGGGCUCGUUAACGCGAGUCACACGAUGUCGGUAACUGCACAGACCAAUCACCGCGUCGAGAAGGCGGGGCGUGAGCCCUCGCAGGCCAAUAACGACAGGACGGACCGCCCGGCCCACCCGGCUCCACCCCCGAGCCAGGCCAGGCAGCUUCCGAGGUCGCUACACCUGGCCGAUCCUGGGUGACGGUGGCCGGCAGUCAUCUCGCGGCCGUUCAGAGUGUUGUCUUCGGGACACGGGACGUAGAAGACAGUUGCAGCACACGGUGAUAGACUGGCGAAAGUUAUACAAAAGCAGGAAACACUAGAAGGAGAAUUAUAAGGCUGUCUGCAGAGAUUUGAAAAAUGGCAACAAAUGAAAGUGUCAGCAUCUUUAGUUCAGCAUCCUUGGCUGUGGAAUAUGUGGACUCACUUUUACCUGAGAAUCCUCUGCAAGAACCAUUUAAAAAUGCUUGGAACUAUAUGUUGAAUAAUUAUACAAAGUUCCAGAUUGCAACAUGGGGAUCCCUUAUAGUUCAUGAAGCCCUUUAUUUCUUGUUCUGUUUACCUGGAUUUUUAUUUCAAUUUAUACCUUAUAUGAAAAAAUACAAAAUUCAAAAGGAUAAGCCAGAGACAUGGGAAAACCAAUGGAAGUGUUUCAAAGUUCUUCUCUUUAAUCACUUCUGUAUCCAGCUGCCUUUAAUUUGUGGAACCUAUUAUUUUACAGAGUAUUUCAAUAUUCCUUAUGAUUGGGAAAGAAUGCCAAGAUGGUAUUUUCUUUUGGCAAGAUGCUUUGGUUGCGCAGUCAUUGAGGAUACUUGGCACUAUUUUCUGCAUAGAUUCUUACACCACAAAAGAAUAUACAAGUAUAUUCAUAAAGUUCAUCAUGAGUUUCAGGCUCCAUUUGGAAUGGAAGCUGAAUAUGCACAUCCUUUGGAGACUCUAAUUCUUGGAACUGGAUUUUUCAUUGGAAUUGUGCUUUUGUGUGAUCAUGUAAUUCUUCUUUGGGCAUGGGUGACCAUUCGUUUAUUAGAAACUAUUGAUGUCCAUAGUGGUUAUGAUAUUCCUCUCAACCCUUUAAAUCUCAUCCCUUUCUAUGCUGGUUCUCGGCAUCAUGAUUUCCACCACAUGAACUUCAUUGGAAACUAUGCUUCAACAUUUACAUGGUGGGAUCGAAUGUUUGGAACAGACUCUCAGUAUAAUGCCUAUAAUGAAAAGAGGAAGAAGUUUGAGAAAAAGACUGAAUAAAUAUCUCACGUAAACCUUCCUGAAAGAUAAACGUUUUCCUGAAUUCAGAAACUAGUAGCUAACGUUGCUUCUGGAGAGCAGAAAUAAGCAUGUCUUCUGGCUACUAAGUGAUAAAAAGAACAUUAACAACGUUUAAUUACCUUCCUAGUGGGAACUUUUUCUACUUUACCUACAAGUUCUAUAUAUGUAGAAAUGAAUAAAUAUAUAUUUAAGUACAGUUUUCAUGAGGAAGUUUUAAAAGGCCAUGUUCCUAAGCUUCCAAGAAGGUUUUGGGUACUAGAAGUAUUAAUCUAUGGCUUUUCUCCCAGUAAAACCAUAGGCCUGAAGUUGACAUUGGUCUUUAAAUCUUUUAGAUAUAUACUGGUCAUUUCAGAAAAUUCUUCAUAGUCGUAUUGGCCUUAUAUUUAGCUUUUUUUUUUUUUUGAGACGAAGCCACACUCUGUCUCCUAGGCUGGAGUGUAGUGGCACAGUCUCAGCUCGCUGCAACCUCUGCCUCCCAGUUCAAGCAAUUUUCCUGCCUCAGCCUCCCAAGUAGCUGGGAUUACAGGCACCCGCCACCACGCCCAGCUAAUUUUUGUAGAGAUGGGGUUUCACGAUGUUGGCCAGGCUAAUCUCGAACUUCUGACCUCAAGUGAUCUGCCCACCUUGGCCUCCCAAAGUGCUGGGAUUACAGGUAUAAGCCACUGCGCCCGGCCUUUUUAACUUUAAACAUGUUUUAGAAUUUGCCUAAAGAUCAAAAUGUCAUGGAUUGAACCUUAUCAAUUGAUAGCAGUGAGCGACUGAAGUUUCCAAAUCAAGAAAAGCCAGCACCAAGAACUUCCAUUCUAAUCUAGAGCUGACCAGUUUGAGCUGAUUCUCUCUUUGAAGAGUCCUUCUUGAUUGCAGUGCAGUACUGGCAUUUCUGAAUGGAUGUAAGUGGAGUAUUUUAGUCUAAAAGCUUUUCAAAUUACUUGAAUUUUUUUAAAAAUUGAGGAGCUUUAUUUCUAUUUACCGUUUCAUUUUUGUAUAUCAAAUUUCCAUUGUCAUUAAAAACUGUAUCUUGAAACUUUGUGAACUGACUUGCUGUAUUUGCACUUUGAGCUCUUGAAAUAAAUGUGAUUUUUGUGUGAUUA